CCGGAACUUCCGCCAAGACUAAACGGAAGUAGGUACGUGGCCGCUUCAGCUGACAGUCUACAUGAUGGCGACAGAGGUUCAGAGCGGCGACCUCGACAGUGCUACUUCCAGCCGGCUCGAAGUUUCCAUCGAUGGCCUCACCCUCAGUCCCGAUCCGGAGGGCGAGCAGAUCCAGGUCGAGGAGCCGGACCCCAGACCCGCGGAACCCGAGACCGACACGCCGGGUGCCGCGGGUGGCGAAGAUGGAGAGACAGCCAAAUCUGCCAUAGAGAGGAAAUGGGGCUUUCCUUUGCUGGAGCUGUACGGAAUGAGCCUUAAAUUCUUCAAAGAUAAAGAUGGAAAAGCCUUCCACCCGACAUACGAGGAGAAGCUGCGGCUGGUCGCUCUGCACAAACAGGUGUUACUGGGCCCUUAUAAUCCUGAUGCUUCACCGGAGGUUGGCUUCUUUGAUGUCCUGGGCAACGACCGCAGGAAAGAGUGGGCCUCCCUGGGUAACAUGGAGAAGGAGGAGGCGAUGGUGGAGUUUGUCAAACUGCUGAACAAGUGCUGUAACCUCUUUGCUCCCUACGUCACCUCACACAAGAUCGAAAGGGAGGAGCAGGAGAGGAAAAGGAAAGAAGAAGAGGAGCGUCAGCGGCUGGAGGAGGAGGAGAGGGAGCGACAAAGGCAGGAGGAGGAGAGACGGAGGCUCGAGGAGGAGGAACGGCUGAGGAGAGAGGAGGAGGAAAGGAGACAGGCAGAAGAGGAGAGGCUACGGAUUGAGCAGCAGAAACAACAGAUAAUGGCAGCGUUGAAUGCGCAGACGGCAGUGCAGUUCCAACAGUACGCUGCUCAGCAAUACCCCAACAGCCCUGAGCAACAACUGGGCCUCAUCCGUCAGCUUCAGGAGCAGCACUACCAGCAGUACAUGCAGCAGCUCUACCAGGUCCAGCUGGCCCAGCAACAGGCGGCCUUACAGAAGCAGCAAAUGCAGGCUGAUUCCAUGGUGCAGGGCACCCUCGAAUCGAGCGGCUUCAACAGUGGUGAACCCAUCCCUGCCUCAGCAGCGGGACCGUUGUGCGCAGCUUCACCACCUGCUGGCGAGGAAACCCCAACAGUCAAUGGAGGCCAGUCGGACUCGUACUCGGAGAGCAUAGACCGGGAGCCGGAGCCUGAGCCGGCGGAGGAGGUCUCAGAGAACGGGCCUUUAUUAGCAGACUCCCCACCAGUCAUAGCCGCUCCCUCCAUGUGGACACGACCACAGAUCAAGGACUUCAAGGAGAAAAUCCGGCAGGACGCAGACAGCGUGAUCACAGUGGGGCGUGGCGAGGUGGUGACAGUGCGUGUGCCCACCCACGAGGAAGGCUCUUACCUGUUCUGGGAGUUUGCCACGGACUAUUACGACAUCGGCUUCGGGGUCUUCUUCGAGUGGACGGACGCCGCCUCCGCCUCGGUCAGCGUGCACGUGUCGGAGUCCAGCGACGAGGACGAGGAUGAAGAAGGUGAUCCUCCCACUGAGGAGGAGAAGGCGAAGAAGGAGGCGGGGAAGCCCCAGGUGGAUGAGAUUGUGCCGGUGUACCGGCGGGACUGUCAUGAGGAGGUGUACGCUGGCAGCCACCAGUACCCCGGCCGCGGAGUCUACCUGCUCAAGUUUGACAACUCCUAUUCACUCUGGCGCUCCAAGAGUGUUUACUACAGAGUCUACUACACCAGAUAAGCCUGAAUACAGACACAGGGGAGCCAAGGAGUGUGUUUGUUCAUAUAUGUAUGUGUCUGUUUGUUUGUGUGUGUGUGUGUAGGAGGAGAUUUGUGCGAUGGCAGCCUGUAUGUGUGUGUGUGAGGAAGAGAAAGUGAUGCCAGAUCUAUUCUGGACAAAACCACCAGAGGGUGACAAAGAGACAUCUGGAGCCCUAGGUUGAAGAUUGGACUAAUAUGUAUGUACUGUACGUGUAUGCGUGUCCCAAGAUACACCCAUGCUAGACCUCAUCAAGCCCUCGGAGCCCUGUCGUAUAUCCACCACCUGUCCUCGCUGCGCUCACAUAGACCAAGCUGUAUGACUUUGCUCUCACAUUGUAUUUUACCACUUUUCACCCUGGGCUCCUCUUCUGUCACUGACCCCCCCCCCCAGCCCAACACUGUCCAGCGUGGCCUUGUGGCUGCUUCUGCCCUGAGUGACACUUUCAUAACCGUGAACAGAAACCCGGCGAGUGCAGCGCUCUGUGAGUUUCCUGUUUGGUGGUAAUAGUGGUCGUUUAUACCCACAAGAACACAGACAAUGUUGAAGAUCUAACGUUAUUGCAGAUGUACUUCAUAACACUAUGCCUCUGUUCCACAGAGAGUUCCUGGUCUUUGCCAAGUCUCUCACACACAUUAAAAACACCAUUGUACACAAAGUUAAUCUUUUUUUUUUGUUGUAUAACAGUAGUCCGUUAUUCUCUGCCCUUGUCACCGUGCAUAUAUGAAGAUCUGGGAGGAUGUUCAGUGGAAGCAGUGCUCUUUCUGGCUUGUGCCUGCCCCAAAACAGGCUGUCUCUCCUCUCACCUUACAAUCUGAUAGACAGAGUGCACCAGGAGUAGAUUUUUUCAAUGGAGGCGAGUGGCAAAAUUAAUGAAGGACAGGCAAGAAGUCAUACUGUGGAGGCAAAAAAAAAAGAGACAUAAGUAUUUGAAUUUUAAAAGCCACUGAAGACUUGAUAUUGAAAUUUAAUCACCGUUGAAUUCAUAAUAUUGAAAUGCUUUAUUUUGGAAAAGCAUUUGUUUUUUUUACCUUGUUGAAUUUUUUUUUUUUUUUUUUUUUUUGGCAGUUUUAAAAGCUGAAUUGGAAUUUUUUUUUGGUGUUCACAAAUUCAGAUCCAAAAUUUUAAGUUUCAAAAUUUGAAAAAAAAAAAGGUUGCUCAAAUUUAAUUGGUCAUAUUCAGAUCUAAAAAUCCUACUUUAAAAAAACUUAAACAACAGACAAAUUAGAAUUUAAAAAAAAAAAAUAAAAUUGCUGUGUUUUUUUCCCCCAGUGUUCAAGUUUCAGAAAUUGGAAAAAAAAAAAAGUUCAAAUUUAAUUGGUCAUAUUCAGAUCUAAAAAUCCUAGUUGAAAAAAUUUAAACAUCAGACAAAUAUAGAUAGUUUUUUUUAAUUGCUGUUUUUCCCCCAGUGUUCACAAAUUCAGAUCCCAAAAUUUAAGUUUCAGAAUUUGGGGGAAAAAAAAAAAAAAAAAAGAUUUGAAAAAAAAUAGGUAACUAAAAUUUCAUUGCUUAUGACUAGAUCUAAAAAUUCUAAAAAGUUUAAAUGUCAGACAGAUUAGUCAAAACAUUCAGGCUCAAUUGCCUGUAAUGUCCUUGCUUCACCGUGAAUUUUUAGAUCUGAAUUUUUGAACAUUUAAAAAAAAAAAACAUAUGGUCAAAUUAAUUGAAAUUGCAAAUCAAGAAAUUUCACAUUUUAAUUUUCAAAGAGGAAAAUUCCAAACAAAUAAAUUCAGAUAUAUAGUUUUCAAAGUAAAAUAUUUCAGUGCUGUGAAUUUAGAGUUUAAAUUUCAAUAUUCUACUCAUACUCUUUUUUGCUUCCAUAUCAUUCCAUGGUUGAGAGUGAGCUCAUGAGUCUUUAACGAGUGAGUUAAAACACAGGAUGCACAUAGAAAUGUGGCUCUCUGGCUUUAUACGUGCAAACAUCUCAGUGUGUGAUACAGAACAAGUUUAAAAAUUACUAAAUAAAUAUUUGUUCUCCCUUUAUCCCACAUAUUUUUUCUAUCUGUGUGUCUUGUUUCCACAUAACUGAUUACAUUAUACCAUCAACUGUCCUUUUCUCAUCAAUUCUUCAUGACAGAAUCAAGAAAAAAGGAGCUAGUAUUACGACAGAAGUUAUAUUAAUUAUCAUUCUGUUUGUCUGGAGAUGCUGUACUCAGUUCUGACACACAGAUACACCCAACAGUAAAAGUUCUGCCAUGUUUCGGAGGUCAUGACACUGUUACAUCUUUGCAGCGCUCAGAAAAACAUUACACAGAAUCCAGUGUUGCUGUUCUGUUUUUUUCUUUCUCUUCCUGGUAUGACUUAACUCAAAGUGUCAUCUCGAAUAAGGUAUCGUGAAUAAACUGAGAUGAUGUAGACUUAUUUUUUGUGUCUUUGGUGACGUGGUUGCUUACUAACUCAGUUGUGACAUCCGAGUGUAUUCAGCUUCUUUUUUUUUCUUCUCUAAAUUAAUUUGUUGCCAUAUUUUAGAUUCACUCUGUUCAGUUUCUCAUUACACGCCUGCUUUGUGUACCUCCCACCUCGGUGCAUUAUGAGCAAUGUGUGCAGGAGGCAUCAGAGCUGUAUUUGUACAUUUUUUUUGUGUGUGUAUGCAACCAAACUUUAAAGACACAGAGGCGGACUGACUUGCAAGCUGAGUAAUCCUCCAAUGCCCUCGCUGAGUGUUCGCUCAUCACAUUAUUUAAUUUGAGGCCACUCCUGCCUCCUCUUUCCAUUUGGUGAUUUGUGUACCAAAAUGUCACAAUGGCUCAACCGAGCCGUGAAGUUUAAGAAAGUUCCCAUAUGUUCUGAUGUGUGAUGUUUGUUUUUUCUUAUUAUUGCUCACCAAAUUUGGUUCGAGUCGACUUGUUCAAGCCUUGUAUGUAAAUAAUUCUAUAAAUGAGUUUAUGUAUGGGGGUUUUAGAUGUGGAAGAAGGCAAUGGUUUUGAGAAUCAUUGCACUGUAUAAUAUGGUGAAUGACAGAUAUGUAUACAUUUUACCCCGAAUGAAAGUCCAAAACUCAUAGGAAGUAUAAAAUUGUAAGACUCUAUCGACAUGACAGACAGAAAAGCUCAUCUUUUUGUAUUGUUUUGACUUGUUUGGAUCUCUUAUGAGUUGCAAGAUCUUUUUUGGGCAUAUAUUUAAUCUUGAUUAAACUUAUGUUCAUCUCUAAAA